UAAAGCAUAAUUUAUGUAAGAUUGGUAGUAAAUCUCAAUCUCACUACACGGAAUUUGAUUAUUUAGUGGCAACGCAGAUAGGAUUGGGUUUUCCUUACAAAAAGAUCUCAAUCUCGAUUCCUUUAAUUCAAACAGCUCCUGUCUUCUCUACUGAUUUCAAGCUUCUGCCAUGGCUGGUUCACCGUCUCCUUCCAUUUCCCACCGAAUUGAUGUGUUUUGGCAAGAGGGGAUGCUCAAUCACGACACCGGCUAUGGCGUAUUCGACACCGGAGACGAUCCAGGUUUUCUCGACGUCUUGGAUAAACACCCAGAAAACUCUGACCGGAUUAAGAACAUUGUUUCCAUUCUCAAAAGAGGACCCAUCUCUCCCUUCAUCACUUGGCAUUCGGGACGACGCGCACUCCUCUCGGAAUUGCUUUCUUUCCACCAUCCAGACUAUGUAAAUGAGCUCAUUGAAGCUGAUAAAAAAGGAGGGAAGGUUAUGUGUUGUGGAACUUUUUUGAAUCCGGGCUCUUGGGAUGCCUCACUUCUUGCUGCUGGUACUACUCUAUCAGCAAUGAAGUAUGUCCUUGAAGGGCAGGGCAAUAUUGCUUAUGCACUUGUUAGGCCUCCGGGACACCACGCACAGCCAACUCGAGCCGAUGGCUAUUGCUUCUUGAACAAUGCUGGUCUUGCUAUUCAAUUGGCUUUAAAUUCUGGCCGUGAGAAGGUUGCUGUCGUUGACAUUGAUGUUCACUAUGGAAAUGGAACUGCUGAAGGAUUUUACACGUCCAACAAAGUUUUGACUAUUUCCCUUCAUAUGGAUCAUGGCUCUUGGGGUCCUUCCCAUCCUCAAAGUGGAUCUAUCGAUGAGCUCGGUGAAGGACAAGGUUAUGGCUAUAAUUUGAAUAUACCUCUGCCAAAUGGAACAGGGAACCGUGGAUAUGAAUAUGCCAUGAAAACAUUAGUUGUCCCAGCAAUAGAGAAGUUCAAGCCAGACAUGAUUGUUUUGGUUGCAGGCCAAGAUUCAAGUGCUUAUGAUCCAAAUGGAAGGCAAUGCUUGACAAUGGAUGGUUACCGGAAGAUCGGGCAGAUAAUUUUGGAGCUAGCAAAAUACAGCAGUGGAAGCCUCCUUAUAGUUCAAGAAGGAGGAUACCAUGUAACUUAUUCAGCUUAUUGUCUUCAUGCAACACUUGAAGGGAUACUCAACCUAUCGCCUCCUUUGAUAUCCGAUCCUCUUGAUGGUUACCCGGAAGACGAGGCGUUUUCUGUGAAGGUAAUUGAUUCCAUUAAAAAGUAUCAAAAUGAAAAUAUACCGUUCUUAAAAGUUUAGCAUUGUUUUAAUAUGUAUAUAUCUGUGUUGGUUAAUGCUUCUACUCUAUGGUUGGAUGAAGCUUUCUAGUUUAGUUGACAUAAUCUUCCACUUGCCAGUUUCGAAUUAUGUGGGAAACUAUGGUUCAGCUUGUUCGGAAUACAUUAGAUUAGUGCAUCAAAGUCAGUUGUACUCUAAAUAUGAUAUAAACAGGAUGAAAGGAUAAGCAAAUGGUUUAAAGAAAUGAGUUCUAGUUUGUAUUUUGUAAUGCCUUGUGUUAGAUCAUUUUUUAGGAUAAAUGCCUGAAGGUUUUAGAAAUGCUAGUUUGGUUAGAUGGAUCUUUCACAAAUGUUUCAUUGUCGGAGUAUAAACUCUUUAAAAUUUGAAUAAAAAUUAUUACCUAGAA